GCAGGAGGCGGCUGCUCGGGCCUAUCAGCCGCAACUCGAGCGUCCCUAGCUGCGGCUCCUCGUCGGUCUGUCCCUUCAUCACAAGGCUAGAUGAUGUCCAGUAGUCUGGGAUUGCCAAUGGGUCCUCUUAUUGGGGACGCAGUCUCAACUCAUGCAAUCGCCGCAGAAUAUGCGGGGGCUGACGCAAUAUACGUCAAGAAGACCACGUCUCUUUCCCAAACAUAUACACAUUAUCGCCCCGUAUUGGGAGACGGAAACUGCGGUUGGCGAGCUAUUGGUUUUGCCUACUUCGAACAGUUGAUACGGAGAGGCGACAGAGAUCAGAUUCAAAAUGAGUUCAAUCGUGUGACGGGGCUCAACGACUACAUAGAAACAGUAGGCGGUCAUGACCGGUGGCUCUUUGAAGACAUGGUCUCCGAAUCUCUAGACCUCCUUCAAGAGAUAUUGGUGAGCAUCACCCAGGGUCAAGACGCCAUGGGAGUACUCAUGGGAAAGAUCAACGAUCCCGCCAUCUCGGCCGCCAUCGUUUACCACCUUCGCCUGCUUGCAUCUUCGUGGCUCAAAGCCAACGCCGUAGAGGUCGAGCCGUUCCUUGGCGGCACCACCAUUACCUCGUACAUUGAGAGCACAGUCUUGCCCGUCAAUGUCGAAAUAGACCAUUUCGGCAUCAAGGGCCUGGUUGACGUCCUGCUGAAGCCGGCAAACAUGGUUCUGGAAAUCGUCUAUUUAGACCUCAGUCCUGGUGACACGGUCAAUGUGCAUCGGAUGCCGGAGGAAGCCCAUGGCCAAGACUCGCUCGGUUUGGUUCUCCGUCUCUUGUAUCGACCGGACCACUACGAUAUUUUGUACAGCCAGGAUCCAAUACCAGCGCAAGCCAUUGGGGUUCAGUCAACUGAUCUGCAGGUAAAUCGCGCCACCUCUUUCACUCAACAUCAACCGAUUCAAGGCACGAUCCCGUUGCAGGAAUAUGCGACCAUGGACAUGAGCACGCUGGCCAUGAUCCCUGGCUUCGACCCCUCCGGUCUGUCGAUGAUGCCAGCCCAGACGAGUUCUACAACGCUUGCCGGGUCGUUCGCGCCCAGUCCAGUCUCCUGGGUGUCAUCACCCUAUGUUGAGACUGUGCCAGAGACCCCCGCGACCGCCCUGCCGCAAGAGCUGGGCUUUCCACAGCAACACUCAGCAAAACCCAUGACUAUCCAUCCACUCCGUUUCAGCAAGUACAACUUUUCUGGCCUAGCCAAUACCAAUGAAGGCAGCCCUCCCCAGGAACCAACAUUUACCACGAGCCUGUUCAAAAACAGUCAUUUCAACACUGCACAUUACAGCAAUAAUAAUUUCCAGCCCGAAAUGUACUCUCCAGAGUCUGAGGAAGUACCAAGAAUGAAGAAUGGGUCGAGAAGGAAGAGUCCAUAAGAAGUUAACGCCUAAUCAUGUCCUAUGCUUCCAGGAGGUAGCUAGGCCGGACGUGCGGUUCAACCCAUAUGGUGCUAGAGAAGACACCCCGACUGAGCGUUAUUUGAGUUCACUACAAA